CUGGUCUGGUGGAGGGUUGGGUGGGAACUUGGGCAUCAUUUUUUCUACUCUUGCUCUUGGGAAGACCCUCAUACUUAAGUGGUCUCUAAACCAGGAUUGUAUACCUUUGAGGCAGAAAUCACCCUCAAGAAGAGGAAAAAUUGGCAAAUCUGAUUUGGCAGGGUGUGUUUCCCAAAAGUCUCAGUUUUAAGUCACUCAGACACACUCUUUGUCUCCCUUCUGUCCCCUUGGCUCUCUGCCUUUCCCUCAGCAUUCUCUAGUGCCUCAGCCUUUUCCCUUCUUUUAACCAUCUUGCUUAGGUGCUUCUCUUCCUUUCAAAAGAAAGCAGGCAUCCUACUUCCACUUGCUUCAUCCCCUGGCCCUCCCCUCCUCUCCUCCUAGCCAAACUGGUUUAAGUCAGCCACACCCCCUUCCCAGCUCCUGGGGCUCUUCAGAUGGUGGCUGGCCACCCAACCCCACCCCUGGGCUUGGCUUGGAGCCCUGAGUCAGCUCUACCGCCCAAGCCAAAUCAAACCUGAGGCAGGAGCCGAAACUCACAGUCCCGCAAGACUUAUAGCCAGGUGAUGGAGGACGAGGAGAAGGCAGUGGAGAUCAUGGUGAGCAACACGGGAGCUGCUCAUUCUCCAUCCCCCAUCCGCUGCUGCUGGCUCCGCCUCCGCUACUUGGCAGCUACUAGCAUUAUCUGUGGCUGCUCUUGCCUGGGAGUCAUGGCUCUUGUGUUUGCCAUCAAGGCCCCCACCUCCCUCAGAAUGACGCUGGACGUGGGGCCGGAGGAUGAGCUGCCCCGACUGGGCUGCGGCCAAGGGUUUACCAGAAGUACGACCAAGGACGUCAUUGGCAGAGGAGUGAGCUCUGUGGUCCGCCGUUGUGUUCAUCGAGCCACUGGUGAUGAGUUCGCGGUGAAGAUCAUGGAGGUUACAGCUGAGCGGUUGAGUCCUGAGCAACUAGAGGAGGUGCGGGAAGCCACUCGGCGAGAGACACACAUCCUUCGCCAGGUCGCCGGCCACCCCCACAUCAUCACUCUCAUCGAUUCCUACGAGUCUUCUAGCUUCAUGUUCCUGGUGUUUGACCUGAUGCGGAAGGGAGAGCUGUUUGACUAUCUCACAGAGAAGGUGGCCCUCUCAGAAAAGGAAACCAGGUCCAUCAUGAGGUCUCUGCUGGAAGCAGUGAGCUUUCUCCAUGCCAACAACAUUGUGCACCGAGACCUGAAACCCGAGAAUAUUCUCCUAGAUGACAAUAUGCAGAUCCGACUUUCAGAUUUUGGGUUCUCCUGCCACUUGGAACCUGGCGAGAAGCUUCGAGAGUUGUGUGGGACUCCAGGGUAUCUGGCACCAGAGAUCCUUAAAUGCUCCAUGGAUGAAACCCACCCCGGCUAUGGCAAGGAGGUUGACCUCUGGGCCUGUGGGGUGAUCCUGUUCACACUCCUGGCUGGCUCACCACCAUUCUGGCACCGGCGCCAGAUCCUGAUGUUACGCAUGAUCAUGGAGGGCCAGUAUCAGUUUAGUUCACCUGAGUGGGAUGACCGUUCAAACACCGUCAAAGAUCUGAUCUCAAGGCUGCUACAGGUGGAUCCCGAGGAGCGCCUGACAGCUGAGCAGGCCUUGCAGCAUCCCUUCUUUGAGCGCUGUGAAGGCAGCCAACCCUGGAAUCUCACACCCCGCCAGCGGUUCCGGGUGGCAGUGUGGACAGUGCUGGCUGCUGGACGAGUGGCCUUAAGCACACACCGAGUACGGCCACUAACCAAGAGUGCACUGUUGAGGGAUCCCUAUGCACUGCGGCCAGUGCGACGCCUCAUUGACAACUGUGCCUUCCGACUCUAUGGGCACUGGGUGAAGAAGGGCGAGCAGCAGAACCGGGCAGCUCUCUUCCAGCACAGGCCCCCUGGGCCUUUUCCCCUCGUGGGCACUGAAGAGGAGGGGGACUCCACUGCUGUCACUGAGGAAGAGGCAGCACUGGUGCUGGGCUAGAAUCUUAGCCCUGGGCAGUCUCAGAAAGCAGGAUUCUCCAGGAGGAGACUUUUUUAUCAUUCCAGCCCCUCUGGGCUCUGACCUCAGGCUCCCCUGCCUAGCAAGGUCCACCACUGAUCAUGCCACUGUUGGAGAGAACAGCCCUGUGCACCUACUCCACUGGCCAGGGCUUGGAAAUCAGAGCUGGGGUGGAAGGGAGCCAUUCUGAAUGCUGUGCCUGGCCUUGUCCAUGCUGCUUGUGCUGCAUCUGAAAUAAAAUCUGCUCCAUGCUAGGGACAUCAUGUACCUGUCUGUUGGAAGGUGCUCAGGAGGGUGGGCCAGGACGGGGCACUCUGGCCCAGGCUUUUAUUGGGGAAAAUGUUGGGGGUCACUUAGUCUUGUUCUUGUUUUUGCUUGGAGGUAGCUGAUGAGGUCGCUCUAGAGCAGUCAACUUGGUGCUCAGCCUUUCCUCGCUGGCCUUCAGGUCGUUCCUCCACCAGCUGCUGGAGCUGCCCCAGCUCCUUAUUAAGUUGGGUCUUGAUGUAGGUUCGGAGGACGCAGACCUGGCCUGCAGGGAAGGAAGGGGCAGGUCAGUAGAGAUGCAGUCUAGGAAUGAGAGACUGUCCCUACCUGGGUGAACACACCCCCAAGGUGCCCCCCCAUGUGGAUGACAAUAUUAUUUACUUCAGUCUAGGACAUAUUCAGCCCUUUUGGAGAGACUGGUGGGCAGAGUGGUUAUGUUGGACUUUCUGGAUUCAGAUUCUGAAUGCAACUUAGUAGUAACCGUAGGCAGGUUGACCUUUCCAUGUCUCAUUUUCCUCAUGUAAAAUAUAGAUAGUGCUGAGCAUGGUGGCACAUGCCUGUCAUCCCAGCUACUCAGGAGGCUGAGGCAGGAGGCUUGCAAGUUAGAGGGCAACCUCAGCAACUUAAUAAGAUCCUAUCAUACAAUAAAAUUAAAAGGGCUGAUAAUAUAGGUCAGUGGUAGAGCACUGGCCUAGCAUGCACAGGCCCUGGGUUCUGGGUUCAAUCCUCAGAACUGAAAAACUAAGAGUGGUCAGUGAUGACACCUAGCAAGAGAGGACUGAGUGGGUUAAUAUACAUACAACUGUGCAGGCUAUCAUUGUCAUUGCUUUUCCAAUCAUCUUUCUAGAGCCACCUCUUUUGCCACCUCUCACCCCUCCCCUAGCAGUUGUGCUCUUAUCAGUUCAACUGGGACUGCAUCAGGAUUCUUCUGGAGGAUGGACAGUGUGACUAAAACUAAAAGUCUGAAGUCCUGAUGUGGUCCACAGCCUUUAUUCAGAGUCGCAAGGCACCCUAUUCCCUCCAAGUGCUCACUUGACUCUUGCUCUGGCUGGGCCACUAUCUCCAGUUCUUCCUCCUGUGGGGUGAGUGCCUGUUCCUCUGCCUCCUCUCCUUCUUUCUCUGCAAGCCAGAAGCAGGAAGAGACCUCAGCCCCAGCCUUGGGCUUGGCCCAGCCCUGGCCCUGGCCUCUUUGGUACCCAUCUUACCCUUUGGCCAGAGUUUGGGUGGCUGUAGCCCCAUGUAAGUCAAAGAUAGAUCCAACCGUACCUGGGAAGAGAAAGAACAAGGUGAAGAGAAAAAACAAGGCUAAGAGAAAGCAUCUGCAUUAAGGGAAAGGGAAAGAUGAGGGACAGUUUCUUGCAGUCCACAUCACAGUACCUGGGGUGUGAAGACAUAUUUGUAGAGUUUGAAGUGGCGAAAGUAGGUGUUGACCACGUAGUCUGCCAGGGCCAGCAGCUGUUCCUCCUUAAAGAGGUCGAUACUGAAUGGGGGCCGCUGUGGUGACAACUGGGAGUUACAGCACUGAGAGCAUCCAGAAGCCCUGGCCCUUGCUCCAGGAGUUUAGAGGAAGAAGAGGGGGAUAGUGGGAGAGAGGGUAGGAGAUUGGGCUAGAACUUGUCUUGGGGGACAAUGAUAGUUUUGUCCUAGGAUACUGACCCUGACUCCAUGGCAGAAAAGAACACUGGUAAAGUAGCGGUAGCAUUCCUCCACGUUGCCCAAAGGAGUUGCUGGUAGGGAAAGCAGGGUAUGGCAGUGAGGCCCUUCCUGCUAUCCAUCCCUCCAGUUCACUCCCUACUUAAGGAACACAAGCUUCAGAGAUGGACAGAUCUAGGUUUAAGUCUUGGUUCGUUUCCUUAAUUCAUUCAGCAAAUACUGAAUCCUCAGUAUGUAAUGUUGUAGGCACUGAAUAAGACAGACAAGGUCCUGCCAUCAGGAAGCUUAUAUUCUAGUGGAAGUAACAUACAAUAAUCCAAGAAAUAAAUAACUUCAGUUGUUAAACAUUCUGAAUAAAUCAAUCUGGAAUAAAGGGAUUGGAGGAAAAUGCAGAAGUCAUUUUACUGAGCACUGUGCAUGUAUUUGUAUAUAUUAUUUCUCAGAACAGUCUCACAUAAAAUUAGUGCUAUGUCUUUAAUUUACUGGUAAGGAAACAGGAUUUCAAAGAUGAUAACUGUACACAAUACUACUGUUAGUACUGAUGAAACAAAGAUUCCAGGUGGUAAUCCCCCUACUCCUGUUUCCAUGGUCAGUUGUGCCAGGCCAUCUCUUCUCCCUGGGGCUCAAACCUGGUAGCCACCUCCCUCUCACCAGCACAGGCCUUGUGAAGAUCUUGGAGCAGGGCACAAGCCACCGAUGUCUGCUCCAGUGAGAAGCCCUGCUGUCGGCAGAAGAUGAGCGCAUGGGAGUAAAGGUCCAGGGUGAUGGCAUCCCGCAAGUUCUGCUCAGGACAACCAAUCUUCAACAGCUCAGCCAGUACUCUUAGGAGAGAGAGGGAAGGAUUGAGUGACAGUAGAAGCCUUGUUUCACCACCCUUCACUCACCACGUUUGAGCCAGCCAUUCCUCAUAUCCUCCUCCCCAAGAGCUUUCCCCUCCUUGCUCAGUCCCAUACUCCCUCAUCUCCUCAACGUUGGAGGUCUUCUCCAGCCGGUGCAUGGAAUGGAUGUCCAGGUAUUUCCUAUCACAGGAAAAGGAGAAACAGUAUUGAUGGCUGGUACACACUGAAUUCAUGAUGGGACUGAUUGCUCAAGAGACCUGAGUUUUCCAGGCUGGGGUCGUGGCUCAGUGGUAGAGCACUUGUGCCCAGCCUGUGUGAGGCACUGGGUUCAAACCUCAGCACCACAUAUAAAUAAAUGAAUAAAAUAAAGGUCUAUCAACAUCUAAAAGCAUGUAUUAAAAAAAAAGAAAAAAGAGACCUGAGUUUGAGGCUUGGUACUUUCACUAACUUGUGUAACCUUUGACAAGUAACUUACAUGUGGACCUUGCUUCCUGUCUCUGUAAAUGGCCUAUAUGAAAUCUUACUCCA